GUCAGUUGCCUUUCAAAUCGCGUCCGCAGUUCGCGUCGCCUGAACUAAAAAAAAAAAACAAAAGUUUUUACUCUGCGUCCAUUGUUGUACUAAGUUUUUAUCGGGCUUCAGUUCGGUAACUGGUUUUGUUUUGACGUGAACAAAAUGAGGUCGAUACUGUUCCUGUGCCUGUGCGCUCUCCUGUGUGGAGCGCUCGCGAAGAACAAAAAAGACGAGAAGGUUAAAAUUGCCGUGUACUACGAGUCCCUCUGCCCGGACAGCAAGAAGUUCAUUACGACGCAACUGGCACCCGUCUGGCGCGACUUCAGGGGCCUCGUCAAAGUCAAACUCGUGCCUUACGGAAAAAGCACACAUGACAAAGUCAAUGGAAAAUGGCAGUUCAACUGUCACCACGGACCUGACGAGUGCUACGGCAACAAGAUCCAGUCGUGCAUCCUUAAGGACCGCAAUCUCCAAGACACGGAAAAGAUGGAGUUGGUAAUUUGCCUCAUGGGUCAAGCGAACCCUGACAAAUCUUUGGACACGUGCCUGGAGCAAGUGAAACGCCAGGCGGAGUCGGACAAGCUGAAGCGCUGCGCGGCCGGCGAUCAGGGCGACGCGCUGCUGGCGGCCUACGGGGACAAGUCGGACGCCGUGCAGCGCCCGCUCGCCUUCGUGCCCACCAUUGUCAUCAAUGAGAAAUUCGACCAAGCCCUACAAGACGAGUCGUUCGCAAACCUCAAGGACGUCGUCUGCCGCUUGUCCACGACCAAGCCAGCGUCUUGCUAGAUUUAAUAAGAUUAUUACUUCUAAGUACAAUUUUAAUACACUUU